AUGCAUGUUAUGAAUUGUCUCUCCUUGGUCAAUGAUAAAGAAAAUGGGGCUAUUCCAGUUGCAACGGGAUUAAUGAACGAGGAUACGACGACAGCAUCUCAACUUUCUCAGCCUGCAGCACCGCCACCCCCUCCACCAUGUCCCCUCGCAGGGGCACCCCCAGCUCCUCCGCUCCCCCCGGGGCUGCCACCCCCCCCACCACCCCCUCCUCCGCUGCCUGGGCCGAACACACCUGUGCCUCCUCAGCUGACAAAUGGACAUGACAGUCACAGCAAAAAAAAACGAAUGCGGAGCUUUUUCUGGAAAACUAUCCCUGAAGAGCAAGUCCGUGGUAAAAACAAUAUCUGGACGAUUGCGGCAAGACCGCAGUAUCAGAUUGAUACAAAGAAAAUCGAGGAACUUUUUGGGCAGCAGGAAGAAACCAAACCCCAGGACCUCCGAAGUCGAUCUUCAAAGUCUUCAUUUAAAGAGACUAAAGAGGAGGUUUCCAUUUUGGAUGCAAAAAGAAGUAUGAACAUUGGGAUAUUUCUCAAACAAUUCAAAAAGUCUGCUGAAUCCAUCAUUGAAGAUAUUUAUCAUGGAAGAAGUGAGCCCUAUGGUUCUGAACUGCUGCAUGAAUUUCUUAAAUUAUUACCAGAAGCAGAGGAGAUAAAGAAGUUAAAAGCCUUUGAUGGAGAUGUAUCAAAACUGUCUCAAGCUGAUUCCUUCAUGUAUUAUCUAAUCCAGGUGCCAAACUAUGCUCUUAGGAUUGAAGCCAUGGUGUUGGAGAGGGAUUUCUCACCCUCCUGUGCUUCUCUACAAGAUGACAUGAAAAUUAUAAGACGGGCAACAGAAGAGCUAAUGACUUGUGAGGAACUGCAUUCCAUAUUGCACUUGGUCCUUCAGGCUGGGAACAUUAUGAAUGCGGGAGGUUAUGCUGGCAAUGCUGUUGGAUUUAAACUGUCAUCACUGCUCAAGCUGGCGGACACAAAAGCAAACAAACCUGGGAUGAGUCUGCUGCAUUUUGUUGCUCUGGAAGCCCAAAAGAAAGAUGCUGCUCUUCUCAACUUCUCAGAAAAAAUUAGGAAUGUUUAUGAUGCUGCCAGGUUAUCCACUGAUAAUUUAGAAGCAGAGCUCCACUCGCUGUCUUUCAAGGCAAGAUCUGUUAAAGACAGCAUUCGGCGAGACCCAAAACUCUUUCACCAGAUGGAAGGCUUUCUCAAGUUUGCUAUAAGACAUCUGAAGGAGCUUGAACACCAGAAACAAGAAUUACAAAAGGAGGGAAAUGCUCUCAUUGACUUUUUCUGUGAAGACAAAGAAACUAUGAAGUUGGAUGAAUGUUUCCAGAUAUUUAGGGACUUCUGUAUAAGAUUCAACAAGGCUGUUAAGGAAAAUAGAGAACGAGAGAUCCAGGAACUUAAUAGUCUGCAAAGGCGAAAGGAGCUGGAGGAGAAGCGUCGAUCCUGGGCAGCUGGAGAGCUUGGGAGCUUUGGGCGGAGCAGCAGUGAAAACGAUGUAGAGAUGUUGGCCAAAAAAGGACUUGAAGAAUUUCUUCCCUUCUUGCAGCAGAGACCUCAAAGCCCUUUGUACAGAAACACCAGUUCUAGACGCUCUCGACUUUCUUUGGGGAUUACUGCAGAUAGGGAGUUGCAGAGUUUCCUGGAAAUCGCAAAAGAUGAGGAUCCAAACAAGUUUAACAGCCUUCCCCGUGCAAACACCCGACAAGCAAGACCAAACGUAACCUGGACUGAAUCCAAAGAAACGAAAGAUCUCAACUUAAAUACCUUGCACUUACACCAGCAGUCUGAAACCAAAGUGAAAAGUGAUGGCCCACUGCAGGUGCCUCCAGCUGAGCCCAGUCGCUUCAGUGGCUCAGCUGGUCCUGGGGCCCGUUACUCACAGAGAAGCACUGACUGCAGCAUGCAUACUUCCAAUGUGUCCUGCGAGGAGUCCACAGAUAUAAAUGCUCUGGCCCUUGCAAUUGAGGAGCGUGAGCUUGUUAAAGGAUUACGUAAGUUUGAUAUUCAAGGAGCAAAGCCUGCAGAGGAUACACCUUUAAUAUAUUUAGAGGAUGCUGGUGGAACUGACGUGGAGACUCUAGAUGAUCUAAGCUUUCAUUCCCUUAGUGCUGCCGAUGACGACCUGCCUCCACCUUGCAGAAGUUCCAGAGAGGCCCUUGACCACAAAGCCAAGACAGUGGGUUGCAAGAGUGAAGCUUCAGAGCCCAACAGCAACAGUGCCAUGUCUAUGGACACAAGUGUCUCAGGAAGUCGGGAAGAUGGGCCAGUGUUCUACAUGUCAGAUACGACAACUGAUUGUUCUUUGACAUUGGACUCUGAAGAGGGAAAUGAUUUUAAAUCAGCAGGCAAUGAAGUAAGAAGUGAGACUGGUAAAGCACACUCUUCUGGGAGUGAUGCUCAGUAUAGGGCUAGAACAUUCUUCUCAAACCUGAAUUCUGCUUCUGCUAACGAUCUGUCUCUUCACACCUCUACAAAUGAUAAGGAUGAUGCCAACAGCAAGCAGACCCUACCAAAAGAAAAGCCUGUAAAAACUAAAGACGCAGCAGGACCAAAGAGAAACUCUCUAAAAGAUAGAUCUCCAAGCUCUUCAAAACCCAGUAGCACUCGCCCUAGCCACACAGCUCCUUCCAGAACAGUGAGAACUUUGAAUGCCUCUGAGAAUGAAAGUAUGAGGAAAGUGGUGCCUAUUUCUCGGUCAAACAGAGCACCCAGCAGCAUCAAAAAGCCAGAAGCCAAGCCGGCACCUCGGGAAACCAGUGCAGUGGAAAGUCGGUUGUCUCGCCGCAGCUCUGUCCGAGGCACAACAGACACGCUGCCGAGAACUCCUUACAGGCACAGCAUGUCAGUUGAAGAGCCAAAGUUACAGAGGGGCACUGUGACCUCAAGCAGUGCUCAUUUUGAGAGGGACAGAGUCUCUCUCAAGAAGCCAAGUUCAAAACCUGUUAGGAGUAACGUCAAAUCAAAGACAGAUGAAGCAAAGAUGUGUCGCUCCAGUGUAAAGCCCCAGACCCCCACAGAUGAUACCAAGGUUGCCACAGUUAGUGUUCCCAAGACACCAUCUGCUGUCCCAAACUUUGCAAGGAAUACAGUGGCUUCUUCUUCAAAGCGUGCAAAAGUGGAUCUAUCCAGCUCAUCCAAACCUCCAACCAUCACAAGGUCUGUAUCCCAGAGGCUGCCUAAAGUGAAGACAGCAGUGACCUCUGAUGAUCCGAGUCCAAAGGAGAACAGUGUGAGUACCUUAAAGAGAGCAAGUAGUGCCAGAGUGGUUGGAAGAAGCAUCCUGCAGGGAGAAUCUGUCAACGCUAGAGUAGAGUCUGCACCAAAGGAGCAGGGAACAGUGGAAAAGGCCUCUCUCAAACUGAAAGAUGCAAACCGGACCACGAUUGGUAAAAUACUGAAGCCGUUGCUGAAAUAA